AUGUCCACUUUCUUCGAGGAGGUCUUUCUGCUGGACUACGACGACGAGACGCUCUCCUUUCGGAAGCGGUACGCCACGCCGCUGACGCUGGAGGUGAUUGACGAGUCGGACAAGCUGCUCAUUCGCUCCAAGCUGCAGGAUGAACAACAGCAGCAGAUGAAUGGCCACAUGAAAAACGGCGAAAAUGGCAACGGCAACAUUACUGACUCGAACGGCAGCGGCGACCACCAUCAUCAGCAGCAGCAGCCCUCCUUCAGCGUGGAGAUCUACAAGGACACGCCCUGCUCGGAGUUUGCCAAGGGCGGCUUCGUCAUUACCGAGGAGACCGGCGGCGCGGUCUUUCUCCGCUUCACCAAGCGGCACAUCUACGACACCGCCAAGGCGAACUACACCGAGGCGGACAUUGUCCGCUUCGCCAAGCUGGUCAACGACUUCAAGCUGGGCCGGAAGGAGUCGAUCUUCUCGCUGCGCACGGACGAGGCCUCGGCGACGCAGUACUUUCAGUUCUACGGGUACCUCUCGCAGCAGCAGAACAUGAUGCAGGACUACAUUCGCACGUCCACCUACCAGCGGGCCAUCCUCUCCAAUGCGGACGACUUCAGGGGCAAGGUGGUGCUCGACGUGGGCGCCGGCUCGGGCAUUCUCAGCUUCUUUGCGGUGCAGGCCGGUGCCCGCAAAGUCUACGCCGUGGAGGCGAGCUCCAUGGCGAAGCACGCAGAGUCGCUGGUCGCCUCCAAUAAGCUGGCCGACCGCAUCACCGUCAUUGCGGGGAAGAUCGAGGAGAUCAGCCUCCCGGAGCAGGUGGACAUUAUCAUCAGCGAGCCGAUGGGCUACAUGCUCUUCAAUGAGCGGAUGCUGGAGACGUACCUGCACGCGAAGAAGUGGCUCGCCCCAAAUGGAAACAUGUUCCCCACGCGGGGCGACCUCCACGUGGCGCCCUUCAGCGACGCUCAACUCUACACUGAACAGCUGACGAAGGCCAACUUCUGGUUCCAGCAGAACUUUCACGGCGUCGACCUGACGGCGCUGCGCGACGCCGCCCUCAAGGAGUACUUCUACCAGCCGGUGGUGGACACCUUCGACAUUCGCAUCUGCAUCGCCAAGUCGAACAAGCACACGGUGGACUUUCUGCAGGCGCACGAGAAUGACCUGCACACCAUUGAGAUUCCGCUCAAGUUUAGCGUCACGCAGACGGACGAGAUUCACGGGCUGGCCUUCUGGUUCGACGUCGCCUUCUUCGGCAGUCAGCAGGCGGUGUGGCUGAGCACGUCGCCGACGCAGCCGCUGACGCACUGGUAUCAGGUCCGCUGUCUGAUCGACAAGCCGCUGUUUGUGCAGCGCGGCAACACCGUCACCGGGCGCGUCGUGCUCGUCUCCAACCGCCGCCAGUCCUACAAUGUCAACAUUGAGCUGGCGGUGGAGGACGCCGUGGCCGGCCCGGGCUCCCCCGCCGCCUACGCCUCCAACACGCUCGAUCUCAAGAACCCCUACUUCCGGUACACCGGGCAGCCCAUCCAGCCGCCACCGGGCUGCAACACCACCUCACCCAGCGAGGACUACUGGGCCACGCUGGACACCUCGGCGGUGGUGGGCGGGGUGGGCAGCAGCUCUGCGCCCUGCAAUGGACAGCAGCCUCAACAGCAGCAGCAGCAGCAGCAGCAACAGCUGACGGCGGCUCAGGCGGCGGCGGCAGCGGCCGUCGUUGUCCAGAACGGCAACGCCUCGCAGCUCAUUCUCAACGGCGGCGGUAUAGUCGGCGGCAACGGCCUUUCCAUUGGCCUGCCCAACGGCCUGCCCGUGGCCGCCCUGAACACCGGUCCACAGGGACUGUCGCAGCCGGUCAACCUGACGGCGGGACAGGCGGCAGGAGUGGGCUCGGUCUUUGCCGAUGCUCUCCUCAUGGGCGGAAACGGUGGUGGUAACAACCUUUCAGGACGGGUCCUCACCACUGGCGGCGGCUAUGGAUCAGCUGUUCCCAUGGCCGGCGGCCAUGUUGUUGCUGGUGGUCAGGGUGGCAGCCUCUUUGGCCAGCCCGGUCCCAGCGGCAGCAACAACGGCAGCGUCGUCAACAACAUCAACAACAUGAACUUCCCCGUCAACCAGAGUCUGAUGAUUGGCGACUACGCGGCGGCGGUGGGCGGUCAGACCAUUCCGCCUUUUAAGCCCAUGUGA